GUUGCUUGCUGCAGCCCAUAACCGCCUCCAACAUCAUUCAUCCCUCGUCAAUACUCCACGACUUCUCGCCGCAGAAAUCACCACAACCCGAUUUGGCCAUUCGCAUCCUUUUGACGUCGAAUAUCCCUACCACCACUACUACUAAGCGAUUUACGAUUCGAAACCCCCGAAUCGGCAGUCCCCUCCGUCGCCAAUCAUCAUGCCUUCUGCCACAGGUUCAAGCUGGGAGAAGUACAAGAAAAACUUCGCCGAUGAUGAAGUAGAAGAGAAGAAGAUCACCCCGCUCACAGAUGAGGAUAUCCAAGUUCUCAAGACGUACGGCGCCGCGUCUUACGGGGCCGCCAUUAAGAAGCUCGAGCAACAAAUAAAGGAGAAGCAACAGAGCGUAGAUGAGAAGAUCGGCGUGAAGGAAUCAGAUACCGGUCUGGCGCCGCCUCAUCUUUGGGACGUUGCCGCUGAUCGUCAACGGAUGUCGGAAGAGCAACCGCUUCAGGUAGCGCGGUGCACCAAGAUCAUCCCGGACGAGAAGGACGAGUCGAAAAGCAAAUAUGUCAUCAACGUCAAGCAAAUCGCCAAGUUUGUCGUCCAGCUCGGCGAGCGCGUCAGCCCGACGGAUAUCGAGGAGGGGAUGCGUGUUGGAGUCGACCGCAACAAGUACCAGAUUCUUCUUCCGCUCCCGCCCAAAAUCGACGCCAGCGUGACGAUGAUGACGGUCGAGGAGAAGCCCGAUGUUACAUACGGCGACGUGGGCGGCUGCAAGGAACAAGUCGAGAAAUUGCGUGAGGUCGUCGAGAUGCCGCUGUUGUCGCCCGAGCGCUUCGGCAACCUGGGUAUUGACCCGCCAAAGGGCGCUCUCCUCUACGGCCCCCCCGGUACCGGCAAGACUCUGUGUGCGCGUGCCGUGGCAAACAGGACAGAUGCCACCUUCAUCCGCGUCAUUGGCAGCGAGCUGGUGCAGAAGUACGUGGGUGAGGGUGCCAGGAUGGUCCGCGAGCUCUUCGAGAUGGCGCGGACAAAGAAGGCGUGCAUCAUCUUUUUCGACGAAAUCGAUGCUAUCGGUGGCGCACGUUUCGACGAUGGCGCCGGAGGUGACAAUGAAGUGCAGAGAACCAUGUUGGAACUAAUCACCCAACUGGACGGUUUCGAUGCUCGUGGCAAUAUCAAGGUCAUGUUCGCUACCAACCGCCCGUCGACGCUUGAUCCCGCCCUCAUGCGCCCGGGGCGUAUUGACCGCAAGAUCGAGUUCGCCCUGCCCGACCUCGAGGGCCGCGCCAACAUUCUCAGGAUUCACGCCAAGAGCAUGUCGGUCGAGCGCGACAUCCGUUGGGAGCUCAUCUCGCGCCUGUGCCCCAACGCCACGGGCGCCGAGCUGCGCAGCGUGUGCACCGAGGCCGGCAUGUUCGCCAUCCGGGCGAGGAGGAAGGUUGCGACUGAGAAGGACUUCCUGAGCGCUGUCGACAAGGUGAUUAAGGGCAAUCUCAAGUUCAACUCGACUGCCGCGUACGCGCAGUACAAUUAGAGCGGGAUGGCGGUUGCUUUUGUAUGUACGAAUAGAGCGUACUUAACUUACGAACUGUUGGCAAUCACACAAGGACAGAUCCUGG